AUGGCGACUAAAUCAUUAGCUGGGCGAGUGGCUCUUGUCACAGGUGGAACAAGAGGCCUUGGCAAAGGCAUUGCUGUUGAAUUAGGAGCUGCUGGUGCUCUCGUCUAUGUUACAGGUCGUACAGUAAAAUCAUCGGAUGGUAAAAGUGGAAGUUUAGAAGAGACUGCAGAAGCUAUUCGUAAUCGAGGUGGUCAAUGUAUUCCAUUACGUGUUGAUCAUGAAAAUGCCGAUGAAGUUGAAGCAUUAUUUCAACGAAUUUCAAAGGAACAAGAUGGUCGAUUAGAUAUUUUAGUUAAUAAUGCAUAUAAGGGGGUUGAGCGUCUCUUGAUUGAAUCUGGUACACCAUUUUGGGAAACUGAACCAGAUAUUUUUGAUGACCUUAACAAUGUUGGUUUACGUAAUCAUUAUUAUUGUGCUGUUUAUGCUGCUCGAUUGAUGGUUCCUCGAAAACAAGGUUUAAUUGUAUUCAUAUCUUCAGCAGGCGGCCUUAUCUAUUUAUUUCAUGUAGCCUAUGGCGUUGGAAAAACCGCUUGUGAUCGUAUGGCAGCUGAUACAGCAAUAGAGUUAAAAAAACACAAUGUUGCUUCAAUAUCACUUUGGCCAGGUCUUGUUGAAACAGAUACUGUUCAAGCAUCAGAACGUAAUACCGGGUUUCGUAAAAUGUUUGAAACCUAUGGUAAAACAGAAUCAGCAGAAUAUGUUGGUCGUAUUAUUGCUCAUCUGGCACAAAAUUCAUCAUUGAUGCAAUACUCAGGAACGGUAGUGACUACGGCUGAUUAUGGAACAACUUAUAGUAUUCCUGAUAUAGAUGGCACAUAUCCGUCUAAUCCACGAUCAGUUAGUUUUCUUGUUAGACGAAUACCGAUGUUAAGUUGGUUAUCAGGAUGGAUUCCUGGCUUUUUAAAAAUACCUUAUUGGUUAUGGUACAAGCUGAUAGUACCGGGGCCAUUAGUUGGUUGGGUGCAGAGCUCCGAAUAG